UGUUCCAAUUUCUUUUCCAGCAACUUCACGCAAUUGAUAAAGCUCCACCUUGAACAGAACGAGAUUUCAGAGUUUCGAGAUGCUAAAGUAUUCUGCGAUCUACCGAAUCUCCUCGAUCUUCAUCUUGGCGAUAAUGAUUUGAACGCGUUGCACUUCAAUCUGUCGUGCCUGCACCAUCUGCGCUUUCUGGACCUUCGGCGAAACAAGUUCACGAGGGUUCUCGAUCGCGAUCUUCAUACCAUGGACAAUCUCGCCAAGCACGAUCGGUCCGUAACCGUGGACUUUUCCGACAAUCCUUUCGAAUGCUCCUGCAAGCUCAAUCCGUUCAUCAAGUGGAUGAAGAAGACGAAAGUGUUCAUUCGAAAUAAGAAUAACUUAAAAUGCUACGAAGGUAAUUUACAGCAUAAUUUUCAUGAGACGAAGAAUUGUGCUUCGAAGUUAUUAACUUCCACCGGGCAAGGAACAACGGUGAUACUUUGCUUCCUCUCGAUAGUGCUAGUCGCUCUAGUGUGCGCUUUGGUUUACUUGCAAAGGGCAAAACUUCAAAAGAAAAUCGAGCCGGUGCUCGACUUAGUCAGCAAAAGAGUGCGAUAUACUUCAAUAGCAAAUGGUGAUACCCGUGAAGACGUGUGAUCGAAGAAAAAGAGAAAAAAUUGUAUUCUAGCAAGCGAAAAGUUUUUGCUUUUGUAAGAAGGACAGAAGAUUUGUACGAUUAAAUUGGAGGCAAAAUUUACGAAUUUAUUUCAGAACAAAGAAUAAAUAAACACAAAGUUUUCCAUUUACAGAUGUUCUUUACU